AUGCAGCCCCCUCACCUCCUUCUCUUCCUCUUUCUCCCCCUCCUACUCCCUGGGAUGUGGGCAGACCCAGAGGCAGAGCCACAGGUUCUCCAGGUUCUCCUGACCAGCCUCUUUGACAGUAUCAGCUCUGUUGAGAUGUCAGGUGUGGCUUUCCUGGGGGACACAUCCAUCUUUACACUGGAUCCUACCAACUGGAACAUCCGCUUCCACUGGCCCUGGGCCAGCCAGGCUGCAUCUCAGGGUGAUGCAGAGAAGCUGAUGGCCGAGUACAAAAUCUUUCUACGCAAUAUGAUCCGAUUCGUGCAUAGUACAGUCCAGGAGGCGAAAGAGGACUACCCACUUGUGAUCCAGCUCCGUGUCGGCUGUGUGCUGUACCCCAAUAAGACAAGCUGGGGCUUCAUGGAUGUUGGUGAGGGUGGCAGAGACCUCGCAGCUUUUAACGUGGAGAGGCAGCGCUGGGAGACCCAUCAGUCAUCAACGCUGGCAGAGCUGGUCACCAAGAGUCUCAACGGCCAGAAAUCCGUCUUGAUAUUCCUGGAGGAACUAGUCGCCAAAUUCUGCCCAAGUCAAAUCCUCAACCUGCACACGUGUGGGAGGACAGCUCUGGAGAGACAAG